CUGCUAUGGACGCUGCCUUCGUACCCUCUGAAAUCGUAGUCAAGCACUUCGUCUCGCACAAGUUCACGCUCGAGAUCGGGCCCUCGAUCACGGCAUUGGGACGGCCGCUCGCGAAACUGAUACUUGCCACGGUUGUGAUAUAUUGCGUGGGUGAUAUUGCGAGAGUGUCGCUGCAAGCUGUCCUCAAGAACAGCCGGCGAGGUACAGAAGACGGCACUUAGCAAGCAAAUACCCCUCGAAAAAGCUUCACCCAUGAAAAGAAUUUUGCUUCUCUGUCUUUCGUCUUGAUUUCUGCUGAGCUUCAGGGAUUCCUUCUCUUUUGGUCCAGGGAUUAAGAGAGAGCAAGAUGUAUUGGACGGCGCCUUUUUCGUCAUUUGCUGCUACUAUCUUCUUUGCUUAUGCGCAAGCUUCCUACCUCAGUAACGACUUAAGCUUUGGGCAUAAUGGCAACAUCUCUCCCAACUUACGCGCCGUUCCUAACUGGCAUCUCCUUGGCAAACCCAACGCCCCGGAUAUCCUGAAAGACAAGCUGGUCCUUACGCCUCCCUACCCAGGGAAUGUGCGCGGGGCCAUAUGGACAGAAAAGCCUCUGCUGCACUCGAAUUGGGCGGUAGAUGUGGAUUUCCGGGCAACGGGCCCAGAGAGAGGAGGAGGGAAUCUGCAGGUAUGGUACGCGAAGAACGGGCAGAACGAUAUGGGGACGAGCAGCAUAUACACAGUUGGACGCUUCGAUGGUUUAGCACUGGUUAUUGACCAGUACGCUGGAUCCGCUGGCUUCAUAAGAGGCUUCCUCAACGACGGAACAACAGACUACAGUCACCACCACAGCGUCGACUCCCUGGCGUUUGGGCACUGCGACUACUCCUUCCGCAACCUCGGGCGUCCCUCACGAAUCAUGCUCAAGCACUCAGACAACAUGUUCCGUGUCGAGGUCGACGGAAAUCUCUGCUUCGAAUCCAGCAAGAUCAAGCUCCCCCUUGGCUACAACUUCGGCAUCACAGCCGCCAGCGCAGAGAACCCUGAUUCCUUCGAAGUCUUCAAGUUUGUCACUACGACCGAGUCUCACACGCCCGACAUCCAAGACCCCAAUGCCGGUGUCCAGAACGCCGGGAUGUCGCCUCCUCCAGCUACAAACCAGAUCCCAACCCCAAAUGAAGCUAAGAACGCAGGCACCUCACCAAACGACAACCUUUUCUCCGACCCUCCUGACGCCCCCGCCUCCCAGUAUCAAAGCUCGGCUGAGCAAUUCUCAGAUUUGCAUAACAGACUGCAGUCCCUGAUGCGGAACAUCAACGCCGUGCACAAGACGAGCGAUCUGCACUCCCAGCAAGCGCAAGUCAGACAAGAGGAGAUGAUGGGGCAUAUUGUACGCAUGGACAACACGCUUGAUCGGAUCGAGAGGUUGGCGAAGAAGAUCGAGGAGGUGCAGGCGGAUGUUAGGCAGACGAAGAGUGAUUUGCAUAAUGCGUUGGACAGGCAUGUGGCCGGGUUGAGAGGGGAAGUUAGGAGUACGCAUAGUACUAUGUUAAGCACAAUAGCGAGCAUGGGCACAGGACUAGGGAAGUUCGUGCUCGUGGUUCUAGGCAGCAACGGGUUGUUGGUGCUGUGUUACCUGGUGUACAAGAGACGAAAAGCGAAUGCGCCCAAGAAAUACUUGUGAGGACCAGACGAAAGAGAAUGGGAAAGGGAAAUGUGGAUCAUGGGUAACGGAGUUCUGCAUGUUGAUACCGAGGCACGGAGCGAUGAAGCGAACAAAUGAAUCAAGAUAUGCCAUUGC